AGUGCCUGGGUGUUUCAAUGGCCGUCGGGUGAUGUCUAAAACCAUGCGGCACCACUGGCUGCUCCUUGGGGCUUGCGGCUGGGUGCUGCUCAUCCUCAUGUUCGCCAGCAAGUUCAUCAACUUCAGAGCCAUAGACGACUAUGGAGAGAAGACUGAUGCACACAGCUGGACAGAACCAGGUGCCAAGGUCGUUAAGUCAAUCCCUGUGUCCAACCGACCACAAUCAGCUCCCAAACCAUCAGAUCUGCCCUCAGCAGUGCCAUCGGCGGCAGACUGGCAGUCAGUGGUGGGGAAGCGGAUCGAGUUGCUCUCGGCCGUGUGUAAGAACACCACCCUCAGGAAUCUCACUCACGUCCCCGUCAGCAAGUUUGUCCUGGACCGCAUCUUUGUCUGCGACAAACACAAGAUCCUGUUCUGUCAGACGCCCAAAGUGGGCAACACACAGUGGAAGAAGGUCCUCAUCGUGCUCAAUGGAAUGUUCUCAUCCGUGGAGGAGAUUCCAGAGAAUCUGGUCCACGACCACGAGAGAAACGGCCUGCCUCGCCUCUCAUCCCUCACACCACAGGAAAUCACUGACAGAUUGAACACUUACUUCAAGUUCUUCAUUGUAAGAGACCCCUUUGAGCGCCUGAUCUCGGCUUUCAAGGACAAGUUUGUGAAGAACCCACGCUUCGAGCCCUGGUACAAGCACGACAUCGCGCCUGCUAUCAUCCGCAAGUACCGCAAGAGCCACCGCGAUGGCGAACACGCGGCCAGCGGUCUGCGCUUUGAGGACUUCAUCCGUUACCUGGGUGACACGGAAGGGCGCCGGCAUAUGGACAGGCAGUUCGGCGAGCACAUCAUCCACUGGGUGACGUAUGCAGAGUUGUGCGCGCCCUGCAAUAUCCACUACAGCGUCGUGGGCCACCACGAGACUCUGGAGCACGAUGCCCCUCACAUCCUCAAAGCGGCGGGCAUCAACCAGCUGGUCUCCUACCCCGCCAUACCUCCGGGCAUCACCCGCUACAACCAGUCCAAGGUGGAGCACUACUUCUCAGGCAUCAGCAAGCGAGACAUCAGGCGUCUGUAUGUGCGCUACCAGGGCGACUUCCACCUUUUCGGCUACCCAAAGCCAGACUUCCUGCUGAACUGAAUGAAGAAGACCCUCUGACAGUCUUUUUUUUUUUGUGACUCAUUAACAUACAGUGAAAAGCACAAGUGUUGGGACAGUCAAACAUUGGUUAUCUCUGUUGUACAUUUACGAGAAAGAACAAUAUGAGGCAAAAAUACCAGAAUGCCAGUACUUUUUUCUGGGUAUUUUGUUUUUCCAUACAUGUGGGAACAGUGUCAAAAGUGUUUGGUCCUCUCAAUUUUAAGUAAGCGUAUGUACUGGGCCAACCUAACAGACAGCAAAUUGCAUCUCUAGGAAGAUGGAGUUGGAUAUCAAUCCGGAAGUAAAAACUGACAUUCUGUACUUGAGCCUCCACAUUCAUCUUCUCAUCUGAAAUGCAUAUCUCGUAACAGAGUAUGCAACAGAAAUAAGCGAUCUUUCUUGGCAUUCACAACAUUUAUGCUUUUCUCUGCACACUCAAUCAAUUUUCUGUUCACCGAGAUGCAGGUGAACCGUGGCUGACCAUAUGCCAUUGAAAAGUGUCAAAUGUCAACCGAGGCAGAAAGAAGUACAUGGCUGGGUUGCAAUAGCCGUUGGCUGUAAUAUCUUCGCUCCUACUUUAGCCUCCCAGGUUGGAGUAACUGACUAGUUGUGGCUAUGUUUGCCAAAUUACAGGUGACUGACAAAGUGACUUAUUUAACAAUUGUAUUAAGAUGUUUAUUUUAUUUUAUUUUAUACUGCAAGCACUCUACAUUGCUUGCAUGCCAGACCUCCCGUAGAUUGCGGUAGGAGGGUGUACCAGGCACAAAUGCACUAAAGCAUCCUGUAAUAUUUUGAGUUAUUUACUGUACGAGUUUACAGGCAAGAGAGACAGGAAUUAAAAGAGCAAGAGUUAAGACUUGAAAAUCUGCUGCCCAUUGUAUACAGUAGCCAACCUGAAGUAACUCUGUAAUUUAACUACAUUCUAGGAUAUGCUUUUUGAAUAUGUAGCAGUUUGAAACGUGAGUGGGAAAAGGGCAAUACUAUAAGCUGUAAAGACUGUAGAUUUGGGCGUGACACUCAUGCUUAUGAUUUGUGUAACUCAUUUAAUUGUUCUCAUAUUGCAGGGAUGCGUACAGUACUCUGUAAUCCAGUGAAUACAAGCCUCUUGCUCUUAAAUGUAGCCUCUAUAUAUUGCACUGUAUGGAUUACCAGUUCCUUUGUACCGUCCCGUUGAGGAAGGCUUCUGGAUGUCGCCAUGUGUUUUGACACGUGUCAGUUUGUGCUUCGCACCGCUGGGAGCCGAGAAAGGUCAGGACAAUCAAGGUUGCCCAGAUCCCCCCCCCCUUUUCUCCCCAAUUGCACUUGGCCAAUUGCCCCACUCUUCCGAGCUGUCCCGGUCGCUGUGCCCCCCGCCCCCCCUUCUGCCAAUCCGGGGAGGGCUGCAGACUACCACAUGCCUUCUCCGAUACAUGUGGAGUCGCCAGCCGCUUCUUUUCACCUGACAGUGAGGAGUUUCGCCAGGGGGACGUAGCGCGUGGGAGGAUCACGCUAUUCCCCCCUCCUCCCCGAACAGGCGCCCCGACUGACCAGAGGAGGCUCUAGUGCAGCCACUGGGACACAUACCCACAUCCGGCCUCCCAGGGUCGCCCAACCAAACUGCGUAACACGGGGAUUCGAACUGGCAAUCCUUGGACGCUAGAUUUUUUUGACAAGUGCCAAGGGUCCAAUUAUGAUUUAGAUGGCAGGAUAAACGAGAUUAGACGUUCAUCACUUGGAAAUGUAGCAAGAUCCUACAAACAUCGUUACACUUUGUAUUGAGCUUCGUAUUGGUUGAGUCCUGUAAGCAAAAUCGGCCUUCGAACUGUCGUGAAAUGGCAAGAAAAUCGAUUAUUCUCUUUCUCCGAAGGGCCUUCGAAGGACAGGGAGAACUAUUCACUCGCGGGUCCAACUUUUGGCAGCCCUGAUGUGUACUGUAGAAAUGCUUUUAGACGUUUCAGCCCUCUAACAUUAGAAGGAGACUCGCAUCUGCUUCGGUGUGCUUGGUUUGCAAAAAAAAAAAAAACUUUUAACUGCACAGCUACUUGGAAGGAACCGAGCGCUGAACUUUACUGGAUGACGUUUUUGUCCUCAUCAGCGCUAUACUGUGUAAAUUGUGUUAACAUUACUUGUAACCCAACCUGUUUUAUAAUAUGGUACAUUAACCUGCUGACCAGAAAAAAAAAACAUCUCAGAGAUAAAACUGCCUCCAAGUGACGACCUACGUUUUAACCGGUGGUCAACCAGUAUAUGAGGACAGAAGUAGCAAGUAAUAAAGUUCUGUGU